UUUUGUCUGACUCGAGAGCUAUAGGCUCUGCCUGCCUGUCUAUUUUUCCGCGGCGCUCGCAAUCUGUCUGAUUUGUUCUAACACAGAGACAGAGGGUCAGAGAGAGAGAGAGGGAAUGUUUUUUCUUAAUCCAGUCUUUCAUCCUUCCUUUCUCUUUCUUACCGGUUUCCAACCCCAACGACGAGAGAUUUUUGCGCGUCUGCUCAUCGAUUUCUUAACCGUCUCUGGCUCCCGCUAUUUCACCUCUCCCUAUCUUCUCUGCUUUCUCCAUGUUCUUGGUUCUUCCAAGGAGCGUGCUCCUAUCUUUGAAUCUUAGGUUUACAUUCUGAAUCUCUCUAUAUAUAUAUUCCAUCUCUUGGGCUCUGCAGUUUUUCUUCACUGACUCUUCCGCCGAUAUCUGUAGCCUUUGUAUUCUCCAAAAAUGUUUGGUUUUAUGAAAUCACCGUUGUCUAAGAUUAGUAAGCAAAACUCUGUGGACCCUGGAUUUUCUUCAUCUUCCAGUACUAACCCGUUUGAUUCAGAUACUGAAUCUGACUCCAACAGGCUUAAACCUGCAAGAAGAACUUCUUCUGAACCUAUACUCAUUACUCCCAACCAAAAAGCCAACCUUUUUGCUGAAGAUGAGGGAAGAGGAGUCUCUUCUUCUUCAUCUUCGCAUUCUGUUGCUUCAGCACAAAGAAACAAGUACAAGAAUGACUUCCGUGAUUCAGGAGGAUUGGAGAACCAGUCAGUGCAAGAACUGGAAAACUAUGCCGUGUACAAGGCUGAGGAUACAACGAAUACUGUCAAUAGCUGCCUGAAGAUUGCUGAGAAAAUCAGAGAGGAUGCUACUAAUACUCUGAUUACCUUGCAUAAGCAGGGUGAGCAAAUCACAAGGACCCACAUGGUUGCUGCAGAUACUGAUCAAGAUCUCAGUCGGGGGGAGAAACUUCUUGGAAGUCUUGGUGGCAUGUUCUCGAAGACUUGGAAGCCAAAGAAGACCCAUGCAAUUAAGGGGCCAAUGAUCUCAACAGAUGACGCACUCAAAAGGAAGAGUAGUCACAUGGAGCAGAGGGAGAAGCUGGGGUUGGCACCUGUACCCAAGGGACAGUCAAACCCCCAACAGACUCUUUCUGAACCCACAAACGGAUUACAGAAAGUUGAGGUGGAGAAGGCAAAGCAAGAUGAUAGCCUUUCAGACUUGAGCAAUAUUUUGGGUGACCUCAAGGUUAUGGCCGUUGACAUGGGGUCUGAGAUUGAAAGGCAAAAUAAAGCUCUGGAUAAUCUUGGUGAAGAUGUGGAUGAGUUGAAUCACCGGAUGAAAGGUGCCAAUCAGCGUGGGCGUCGUUUGAUUGGGAAGUGAAAGAAUUUCCAGAUGAAAGGUGCCAAAUCAACGUGGGCAUCGUUUUGCUUCGGAAGUGAGAAUUUCCAGAUGAAGUUGUCUGGCUUGCUUCGUACGUGUUCACUGUAAUUUAUUUCAGUCCACAAUCUUGGAACGGAGAGGACCCCUUUCCCAGUCUUCUCUGUAUUCAUGUUUAACAUUUGUGUUAUGAAUGAAUUUGAGUUCAAUUUUUUAAAAGCUCUUCCGUGUACAUGGGAAUAUUAUGAUGUUUACUGCAAGAUGCAAAGUAUGCCUUUCUCCCCCCCUUUUCUCCCUUUCA